AUGUCAGUGAUUGGAAUUACUUUUGGAAAUACUACCUCUUCUAUAGCGGUGGCAUCACAAGAUGGAAAAGUUGACGUUAUUGCAAAUCCUGAUGGGGAUCGUUCAAUUCCUUCAGCAUUAUCAUAUGUUGGAUCAGAUGAGUAUCAUGGAUCACAAGCUGAAUCAAGAUUAAUAAGAAAUCCAGAUAACACAAUUGUUAAUUUCAGGGAUUUUAUUGGAAAAAAAUUUGAAGAUAUUAGUGAAGAAUUUUCUUUUGGUGCCAAAUCAAAAAAUAACAAUGGUGAAAUUGUAUAUGAAAUUAAAAAUGAAGGAAAGACAGAAAUUUUAUCAGUAAAUGAAGUUGCAAAAAGACAUUUAAAACAAUUGAAAUUAGCAGCGGAAGACUACAUUGGUAAAUCAAUUGAAAAUGUUGUUUUAGCAAUUCCAACUGAUUUCAAUGAUACUCAAAAACAAGAACUUACUAAAAUUUCUAAAGAUGUUGGAUUAAAUAUUUUACAAUUUAUAAAUGAACCAUCAGCAGCGUUAUUGGAUCAUUUGAGUGCAGAAGAAAAUAGAUUAUCCCAAGAUAAGAUUUAUGUAGUAGUAGAUUUUGGUGGUAUCAGAUCAGAUGCAGCAGUCAUAGCCGUUAGAGGUGGUGUUCUUACUAUCUUGGCUACUUCACAUGAAUAUGGAUUAGGUGGUAAUAAAUUAGAUGAUGCUUUAUCUGAAUUUUUUGCAAAAGAAUUUGAGAAAAAGAACAAAGUUGACCCAAGAACUACAAAGAAAUCAUUAUCAAAAUUAAAAGCUGAGUCUCAAGUUGUUAAAAAGACUUUAUCUAAUGUUCAAACAUCUACUUGUUCAAUAGAAUCAUUAGCUGAAGGGAUUGAUUUCCACACCAGUAUUAACAGAUUAAGAUACGAGUUGACUGCAAGAGAUCCAAUAUCGAAAAUGACUGCUUUUGUCGAAAAAGUAAUAUCAAAGGCCGAUCUAGAACCUUUAGAUAUAGAUGAAGUAUUAUUAGUUGGGGGUACAUCUAAUACUCCAAAAUUAGCUACUAACAUCUCAUACUUAUUUCCAAAAACUACCAAUGUAAUUGCCCCAUCAUUAGAUUCAAAAGCAUUGAAUCCAUCAGAGUUAGUAGCUCGUGGUGCUGCAUUACAAGCUUCAUUGAUUGAACAAUUUGAUGAAUCAGAAAUCAAGGAAUCUUUACAGCCAAUUGUUGUUAACACUCAGCACUUAUCAAAACCUAUUGGUAUAAAAGAUGCAGAAGGUAAUUUUCAACCAAUUUUAGUUGCUGAAACUGCUUACCCUAUCAAAAAAUCAAUUGAAGUCACAAACGGGGAUUCAUCAUCAGUGUUAAUUCCAUUAUACGAAGGGGUCAGAAAAAUUAAAGAAACAAUAGUUGAAGUGGAAAAAGAUGAAGAUGAUUCUGAUGAAGAAUCAGAGGAAGAAGAGCCAGAAGUUGAGAGGGAAGCUGUGUAUGAAGCUGAUAAUUUAUUAGCUGAAUUAUCAUUAAAAGAUUUAAAACCAAAUUCAAAGUUGGAAGUUACUGUAAAUAUUACUCAAAAUGGUGUAUUACACGUGUCUGGUAGAGAAUUAAAACAAGGAGCUUCAGCCGUAAAGGGUGAAGUAUCGGUGUCUCAAUAA